CAAUCGGGAGUGUGAGAGGAUAUUCAGGAGGAAACGUCAUUAUAAACUACAAAUAUGAGAUGAAACACAAGAACCAUGUGAAAUAUUUCUGUAAAACUGGAGGUCAAUGUUUGACUGUAAUGAUCACUAACAGAGCAGCCGGAUGGGAACAGGACAGACGAUUCUCUGUUCAUGAUGACAGAUCUGCAGGUCUCUUACGUGUGUUUAUCAGAGAUCUGAAUGAGAACGACUCUGGAGAAUAUCAGAUUACAGUCAAAGUUUCUGAAGAAUACAGUUUCUUCUCUGAGUUUAAUCUGAUCAUCAGAGAUGAUGCUUGUUGUGUGAAGAGCAUCAGUCUAUCAGCUGCUGCAGGAGGAUCUGUGAACAUCAGCUGCAAAUACCCACAAUCCCACAUUAGUGAUGUGAAGUUUCUCUGCUGGAGAUCUGGAGCUGAUCUUUGUGCUGAAGAGACGUCUGUGAAGGAGAGCAGAAGAUGGAGUCCUGAGGGAAAGAUCCAGCUGUAUGAUGACAGAGAAGAGCAGCUCCUGACGGGAAGCAUCAGUCAUGUGACUGAACAACAUUCAGAAUACUGGUGUGGAGUUCAGUCUGAUCAAGGACACAAGAGCUUCAUCACACGAGUCCUGAUCCAUGGUACAGGUACAGGUGAUUUUCUCACUGAUAUUAACCAUAAUGCAAUUAAAAUAAUGAAUUUGUAUUACUACAGUGUUUUAACUGCAGUAAAUGGUGUUCAUCCAGUAACAUUAUGUACUGUAUUAUUCAGUGUGAAAUCAAACAAACUCGCAACUCUUUUUUUCUAAGUGUUUGUGUGUCAGCAAACAUGAAUUCUGGGUAGUGAGUGUGUGAAUGACAUCAGUAACAAGUGUCUGUAUCAUGAGAAAAGUGUGUCAAAUUCUGGGUGUGAAAAAACAUCCUUUAGAAAUUCAUUAUUUCAUUGUUUUAUAUAUAGGCUUUCCAGAAACUACAUCAUCAUCAUCAUCUUCUUCAUCAUCAUCAUCUUCAUCAUCAUCAUCAGUUGAAUCUCAACAUCUGAGAAUGUGUAUAAAGUGAUUGAUUUAUCUGGUC